AUGAGUAUUCAUAACUUUUUUUCCGCUCCCAGAACUCAUUUGGUGGCACCAUAUGCUAGGAAGACUUCGAUUAAGAUUGUCCAACCUCAAGGUGUUCCCACCCCAGACUUAAUUUGUGAUGAGUCAGUUGGCCCAUUGCCUACUUCACUUGAAGAUUGUAUCAUAAAUUAUGUGCACCCACCACUACCUCAAAAGCAGCUUACACCAUGGGAACGCUGGAUGGCCAAGAAGAAAGCCGACCGUAUUAAAGCUACACAUGAACUGGCGAAAUUGAAGGUGGAAAACGAAACUAAGCGUCUGUUGGAGGACGAGAAGCGUCUAGAAAGGAAAAGAACUGAGAGAGCAAAAGUGCAAGAGUGGAUCGAAAACAAAAACAAUGAAAUUGUGAAACAGAAGAAGUUAGCAGGAAUAGCCAAGUUAGAACAGAAAGCUGAGGCUAUCAAAAAGAAAGCGCAAGAGGCAAGGUCCAAGGAGAAGUAUCAAGAAUGGCUGAAUAAAAAACGGGAGGAAGAACAGACGGAGAGGCGACGGUGUGAGAAGGAGCGUUACAUGCGUGGGCUGGCACAGCAGGAGAAGCGACGACAAGCAGAAGCCUCCUUUCAGGUCUGGCUACGUAGUCACAAAGUUUCUGCUACUUCCGUUAGCAGACGCUCACCCCACACCUACUGCAUCUCCGACGGUAUGCUCGUCAGUAAGUCGCCAUAG